AUGAUGUUCGGAGGUGCUGGUAGUUCUCAACCAAUAAUGGUUUUAAAUGCAAAUACAAAACGAGAUCAAGGCAAAAAAGCUCAAUUUAGCAAUAUAUUUGCUGCUAAAACAAUUGCCGAUACAAUUCGUACAUGUCUUGGUCCACGAGCUAUGCUCAAAAUGGUUCUUGAUCCUAUGGGUGGUAUUGUUUUAACAAAUGAUGGAAAUGCUAUUUUACGUGAAAUUCAAGUUCAACAUCCAGCUGGUAAAUCAAUGAUUGAAAUAAGUCGAACACAAGAUGAAGAAGUUGGUGAUGGUACAACAAGUGUUAUUAUUUUAGCUGGUGAAUUAUUGGCUCAAACUGAACAGUAUCUUCAACAAGGUUUACAUGCAACUGUUGUUAUACGUGCAUAUCGUAAAGCACUUGAAGAUUGUAUUGAAAUAAUGAAAACAAAAGCUAGUAUACCAGUUGAUGUUAAAAAUCGUGAUGAAAUGUUACGUGUUGUUAAAAGUUGUAUUGGAACAAAAUAUUUAUCAAGAUGGAGUGAUUUAGCUUGUCAAAUAUCACUUGAUGCAAUACAAACAAUUAUUGUUGAUGAAAAUGGUCGCCGAGAAAUUGAUAUAAAACGUUAUGCUCGUUUUGAAAAAAUUCCUGGCGGUUCAGUUGAAGAUUCAUAUUUACUUAAAGGUGCUAUGCUUAAUAAAGAUGUUGUUCAUCCAAAAAUGAAACGACGUAUUGAAAAUCCUCGUAUUAUUUUACUUGAUUGUUCACUUGAAUAUAAAAAAGGUGAAAGUCAAACAUCACUUGAAUUUAGUGGUGAACCUGAUUUUACACGAAUGUUACAAUUAGAAGAAGAAAGUAUUCGUGGAAUGUGUCAAGAUAUCAUUGCUGUUAAACCAGAUGUUGUUGUAACUGAAAAAGGAAUUUCGGAUGUUGCUGCACAUUAUUUGGCUGCUGCUGGUAUAUCAGCUGUACGUCGUACGAAAAAAUCUGAUAAUAAUCGAAUUUCACGUGCAACUGGUGCAUCAAUUGUUAAUGAUACAGCAGAUUUAAAAGAAGAUGAUGUUGGUACUGGUUGUGGUCUUUUUGAAAUACGUAAAAUUGGCGACGAAUAUUAUACAUUUUUUGAUCAAUGUAAAAAUCCUAAAGCAUGUACUAUUAUAUUACGUGGUGCAAAUAAAGAUGUAUUAAAUGAAAUUGAACGUAAUUUUCAAGAUGCUAUGAAUGUAACACGUAAUGUUAUGCUUGAAUCACGUUUAACACCAGGUGGUGGUGCUGUUGAAAUGGCACUUUCAAGAGCACUUGAUGCAAUGAGUAGUAGUGAAAAUACAAAUGGUGGUACAGCAAAUGAUGAAUUUUUUAAAGGUGUUGAAAAAUAUCCAUAUAAAGCUGUUAGUCGUGCAUUAGAAAUAAUUCCACGAACAUUAAUACAAAAUUGUGGUGGUAAUGUUGUUAAACAAUUAACAACACUUCGUGCUAAACAUCAUCAACAACCUGAUCAAUUUACAUGGGGUAUUGAUGGUGAAACAGGUCAAUUAGUUGAUAUGCAUAAAUUUGGUAUUUGGGAACCAAUUACUGUUAAAAUGCAAACAAUUAAAACAGCAAUUGAAACUGCUAUUUUAUUACUUCGUAUUGAUGAUAUUGUAUCGGGUACAAAGAAAGCAAGUACAUUAACUGAAUCAACUGGACAAGGUGAUGGUAAGAAGAAAAAAGAUGAAGAUGAAAAUAAACCAACCGACGAAUCAAACAAAGAUUAA